AAAAUAGGCGUAUGUAUGAGAAAUCAGUUACUAAAGGUCGAGAGGCUUUCAAAUACUCCUGGCGAAGGAUCCGAUGCAAUGCGAUAUACCCUCUCUCUCUCUCUCUCUCUCUCUCUCUCUCAGUUAUAAUAAAACCGUUUCCUUCUCUCUUUCUCUUUCUCACAUCUAAAGUCUAUAAAGAGGCCAGAAAUCCAAAGAAGAAGCUCAGAGAAAUCACUCAAAGUAACGGAAAAAAGAUCAUUAUAUUCCAACAAGACCCUUCUCUCUCUCUCUCUCUCUCUCUCUCUCUCUCAAUUUUAGGUUGAUGUUCACGGAAUUCCAGCACAUUAUUCCCUUCCUUGCUAUGUCGAAUCCAGAGCUGUUGAUCCUCACAGAAGAUAAAAAACAGAUCGAAUUCCCAGAUUCCUCAAUACCCACUUUAAAAUUCCCAGAUGGGUCUCAAAUUACAACCUCCAACCUCGAUCAUCUUCAUCACCAUCAAGAAGAAGAACAAGAAGAGAAAUGCGAGUCAACAGCUUCUUCUGAGACUCUCAAGCCACCAUGUUUAGGACAAUCUGACAACGACGACGAUGAUGAUGGGUUCAGAACUCCAACAUCUUUGGAUCACAAAAUUCCAGUGAUCACACAAUGCCCACCAGCUCCCAAGAAACUCCGGCAAAGACCAUCGACGAAGAAGAGAAAAGCAUUAUUCAGAGAUGAUGAAUUGAUGUUUCCUUCAAAGCUACUUGGAGAAGAUUUUGAACGCAAGAUCAAGAGAUCGUGGAGGAGGAUGACGAGGGAUUAUAAUUCAGAAUAAGAUUAUAUUAUUCAUCAUUCGGUAGGAAAAUUUUAUCAAGAUUUUAGAGUCUGUCACUCAUCAAAAUGUUACCAACCCAGAAAAACAAAUAAAUAAAUGUCUAGAAUUUGAAUUAUACCAAUUAAAUCUAUUUUGGAUGUUAUCAAUUCAAAAUUCUAAAUAUUCUUUCUUUUUUUCUGGAUAUAUAACAUUUUUAUGAAAAUCAUACAUCUCACAAUUAUGUUCUAUUCUAUCAUUUUUUUAUUUUUUUUAUUUUUAUUUUUAAGGGUGAGAUCUUGAUUUGGUGGGAUUGGUCUAAGAAUCUGAUCUGAUUUUUGUAAAAGUUAAAGUUGGGAAAUUAAGAUUAGAGGUGAGGAAAUACAGACCAUGAAAAAGAGGUAGGGCAUAAUAAACUACCAACUUUAUUGCAACCCUGCUUCUUUUGUGAUCAAGGUGUUAUUCAGUUCUAAAGAAGAUAGAAUAUAUUCUCAAAAUGUUCAAUGAAAAUGGGAAUUUUCUUC